CAUCAAAAGCCACAUUUUUUUUCAAUCUUGGGGUAGCAGUAAUCCCUUUGCGACUAAAAUGGUUCUCUCAGAGUAUGGUUCUUUCGGAGUUCAUGGUAUGGGAUUCCUUUGUAUAGGCCAAUGUGACCCAACCUCACAUGUUUGGUUGGAGUUAAUAGUAUUGUACGGGACAAAAGUUCUGAUUCUCCCGGAGUCGCAUCGCUUUAAAACUAAAGAUGGUGUUCAAAUCACCGGUAUUGCUGGUAAAACGCUUAAUAGUCGCUGUAUGUGUCCUCAGUGUAGUGUGCAUUGCUCUGGCAAUAGCACUCUGUGUUGUUCUGGCCACUUCCAGAAGUAAAGCGUCUCUUGAGGAGACUCAAGAUUGUGCAACAACAAGCAUGGUACAAAGCCAGCCAUCCGUGAAACCAAACGGGCUUUCGAAURCUUUUGAUGACUUGAGCGUGGACGAAAUCCUUGCAGUGAGGGACUACAUACUAAAAGAACCAUCCCUCAAUGUGACUCCGAUUGAAAAGGCUUCGAUUUCUAGUAACUACAUYUAUCUUAUAGAGCUACAAGUUCCACCAAAAGACGAGGUUCUCAAUUACCUAGAUAAUGGAGGUCAAAUGCCAAUAAGGAAAGCCAAGGUAAUUUUACACAGAGGAGGACUAAACAUUCCUGUUGUCGAAGAGUACAUCGUCGAACCUGCAGAUAAACCAGUAAAACAUUCCAGGCUAGGACACAGUAUUCCCUUCCACAAAAGAAUUUUUGAUAGCGUCCAGUUAGAAGGAGUUAUAGAGAAGCUUGUACUGAACUUAACCAGACAGGCUUACAGGCUUCUUAAAGAGAGUUAUGAUGGCUUCACUUAUCAUAACUGUACCGAACGAUGCCUUAUUUGGAGUCAUAGCCAGCCAGGCGUGCUUGAGAGCGGGCAGCACAAGACGUGGAUAUGGUUUGUUCGCGAUGUACAAGGUAUGUAUGUCCAGCCAGUAGGCUUCGAGGUGCUGUUCGACUGCCCAGGCACAGACGCUUCUCUAUGGAAAAUUGAGAUGAUUUAUUACAAUAACAUGACGUUUAACAGCGUCGAUCAGCUUAUGGAUGCAUACGACCGAGGGACAGUCCAAAAGAUCUUCUACCCUAUGCCACAGAAAGAUGAGGCCCUUUUUUCCACAUAUCAACGCAGGGGGGACCCGCAACCAGCCAAACCCACCCGGGGACCACGUCAAUUUGAGCCAGAUGGUAAACGAUACUCCGUUCAAGACCGUCACGUUGAAUGGAUGGGAUGGAGCUUUGAUUUCCGUUCUCGAUCAACAACUGGAAUUCAAAUAUUUAACCUUAAAUUUCAAGGAACGCGGAUCGUUUAUGAGCUAAGUCUUCAAGAAGCAUCGGCCUUCUAUUCUGGCUACUCGCCCAUGCAAAUGUUCACAGACUAUCUCGAUUCAUCCUGGGCUAUGGGAUCUAGUGUGUUUGAGCUCGUGCGCGGAGUGGACUGCCCAGAAUCAGCUACCUUCAUUGACCUUGUACACCACGUGGACACUCCUCGACCACGAAGAAUGAAAAACGCGGUUUGUGUCUUUGAAUACAACACAGGGAUCCCACUGCGAAGGCACUUUGAGAACGACUUCAAAGGUGGUUACAAGUUCUAUGGCGGGAUGCCAACGUACGCGCUGGUCCUGCGCUAUGUGUCAACUCCAUACAACUAUGACUACGUCAACGACUACAUUUUCUACGCCAAUGGGGUGGUAGAAGUACGGGUGUCUACUUCUGGAUACAUUCAGGCAACGUAUUGGACAUCCCAAGAAAACCCUUAUGGGGAUGAAGUACACAAGAAUGUCGCAGGCUCGGUUCACGAUCAUAUGCUGAACUACAAGGUGGAUUUGGAUGUGGCAGGAAGGAAGAAUUCUUACCAGACGAUUGACAUCGAACAAGAAAUUAUAGCAAACCCAUGGUUUCCUGGUCGUAAUCGCACUCAGAAGGUGGUUCGCCGGCGUACCAAAAACACAGAACAAGAAGCUCUUUACAAGUACAACUUCGACCAUCCUAAAUAUCUCAACUUCAUUAGCGACAAGCUGACCAAGAAUGGAAUCCCACGUGGCUAUCGCAUUCACAUCCGUGACGUCAUGAAACAAAUCUACCCGGAGUCCAUGCCUUUUAUGAAUUCUGCCAAGUGGUCCUUGAACCAGAUGGCAGUCACGAAAUACAAGGAAAGCGAGACCUGUAGCACCAGUAUUUACAACCAGAUAGAUCCCUACAGCCCUGAGGUGAAUUUCCAAAGCUUCUACCAAGACAAUGACAACAUUACAAACGAGGACCUCGUUGCCUGGGUAACCGUGGGUUUAAUGCACGUGCCACAUACUGAGGACAUUCCUAAUACUGUAACAGCGGGAAACUCAGCCAGCUUUUUCCUUCGUCCGUAUAAUUUCUUCGAAGAGGAUCCGUCGAUGGGCUCAAGUGAUGCUGUGCUGAUCACACCAACUGAUAAGGAGUUCAGUGGGAUUAAAGUGGAUCGGUUUGGGACGCCGCAGGGUCCAUCUUGUAAGCCCAAAGACGUGCCCUUUAAGUUCACUGGGGCUUAUGGUUUUGCUUGAUUUAGUGGGUGUAUGGUCGGAUCUGGAAUGAAGUUCAAGGACUCUGUAGACAGCUGCAAUCUUGGUUGAUUGGCUAUCAUGCUUUCUAUUCAUGUUGAGAUAAUCUCGUGGAUCGUGACAUUACCUACUUUACUCAAUCUUCAGAUUUUAUCAAUACCCUGAAAAAACCUCUGGGCUGAUCAGUCAGCGCACGGCUAGCUCAGAGGUCGAAUUGGAAUUUUGUGUUAGGUUUUGCGGAGGGAGGAAAACGGAAGUUCCGGAGAAAACGUGCACUACCGCAACACUGACCUCCUUGAUUCCCAACCAACCAUCUAGUGUGUAUUUUUUUCUUUAAGCAGAAAUUCCAAGGAAACUAGUGCAGGUGCAACAAAAAAAAGCAUGAGAAUUGUGUUCAUUGAAAAAACACUUUGAAUUCAGGUGUAGGUUUUUGUUUUUAAUUUCAAUAUUUUAAUCUAUCAAGUAAGUUACUAAUGUAGUGUUGUCAUCUAGAGUUGCUCCAAGUCUCGCUCGUGAUUUUUUCUGUUGGCGAGUCGUCGAAUUCAGAUUUCGGGCACUUCCGGUUCCGACAGAUUUCCGAAGGGA